UACCCCGAUACGUGCAGGGGACCCCGUAUCCGUGUCGGAUACGUAUCCGAUACGGAUACGCGGGGGAUACGCGCCGGAUGCGUGUCCGCGGCGUAUCGGCGUCUCCCCGAGCGAAUCGGACUGAAACUGCCUCUCCGGUACGUUUCGGAGGGUGGGAUACGGCCCAUAUGCAUCCCACCCCGUGGACUCCCCGUCUCCCCGAUGCCCUACAGAUAGAACACGCCGCCACUCCGUCUGUCCGCACGCACGAGGGCGACGCAGCAGGGGGAGGUUGGCCGCCCGCCGGCGACGAGCCCACCGGCGACGAGCCCGCCGGCGGCGAGACGCAGCCCCUCGAGAAGCUCCUCCCCCCGGCGAGGCGGCGACUAGCAGCAGGACCGGCGGGCGGCGGCCAAGCCUGCAGCGAGAAGGAAGUUGGCGCCCGGCACCGAUCUGCAAAGUCCGAACUCCGUAAAUGGCAUCUCCAAAUCUGAGUAGGGCUAGUGGCAGUACCAGUGCUGCUCCUGGUAGUGGUAGUACACCAUCUUUGUCUGAGCAUAUAGAAACUGAAACAAGACCAACUGAUAUUAAGGCUCCACUUUGGAAUCACGUCACCAUUUUGGAGAAGGCUAAACCUGGUGGUGGAAAUGUUCUAUGGAAAUGCAACUAUUGUCCUUUCCAGAAAAGCAGUAGCUACACUAGGGUGGAAUUACAUUUGCUGCAAAAGAAAGGGAAGGGGAUUGCUACAUGUCCAAAUGUUACAUUUGAAAUGCUUAGUCAGAUGAGAAAUGAAGUUGCAAGGUGUAAAGAGCUAGUUGAAAGGCAAAAGGCACGAACUGUUUCAUUGCCAACAGCUCCUGCACCUUCUUCAAGCAAUUUAAACAAGAAGAACAAGAGGGGACCUCUUUCAGCUUUGGAGAAAUCUUGGGCACUAGCAGAUCGCAAACACUUGGAUGCUUUAAUUGUUAGAGCAAUUUAUUCUGGAGGGGUAUCUUUUAAUUUUCUAAGAAAUCCCUAUCUUAGAGAAGCUUUUGCAUUUGCAUGCAGCCACAACUUGCAAAAUUACAUGAUUCCUGGGUUUAAUAGAGCCAGAGAGUCACUGCUCAAGCAGGAAAGAAGACACAUAGAGUCUCUGUUGGAUAGUACAAAGAGCACAUGGCCAGAGAAAGGUGUUACAAUCUGUUCUGAUGGUUGGUCAGAUCCUAGGAGAAGGCCAAUCAUCAACUUCAUUGCUGUUUCUGAGAAAGCACCUAUUUUCUUGAGGGCUGACAACUGUGAAGGACAAGUCAAGACAAAAGAAUAUAUUGCUGAGAAGUUGAGGGGUGUUAUUGAUGAAGUUGGUCGCCAAAAUGUGGUGCAAAUCAUCACGGAUAAUGCCGCCAAUUGCAAAGGUGCGGGUCUUUUAAUAGAAGCUGAAUAUGAUAACAUAUUUUGGACACCUUGUGUUGUGCAUACUCUCAAUCUUGCUAUGAAAAGUAUAUGUGAGCCUAAAGUUCCAAGGGAACCUUCUGAUGAGGACCUAUUUGUUUGGAAUCAACUUGAAUUUAUACACAAUGUUAAAUCUGAUGCUACCAUGAUCAAGAAUUUCAUAAUGAAUCAUGGCAUGCGUCUUUCAAUGUUCAAUGAAUUCAGCCAUUUAAAGCUACUUUCUAUUGCUGAAACAAGAUUUGCAUCAGUUGUUUGUAUGUUAAAACGGUUUGUUAAGAUAAAGACAGCUCUCCAACACAUGGUGAUUAGUGACAAAUGGAACAUUUACAAAGAUGAUGCUCCAACUGCCCAAGUUGUAAAGGAAAAAAUCCUUAGUGAUGUGUGGUGGGGCAAUGUGGAAUACAUUCUUAGGAUCACAAAUCCUAUAUAUGAAAUGAUACGUUUGGCGGACACCGACACACCAUGUCUUCACUUAAUCUAUGAGAUGUGGGAUUCAAUGAUUGAAAGAGUGAAGAAGGCGAUAUAUCAAUAUGAGGGCCUUGAAUUAGAUGAGGUGUCAGACCUUUACAUGGUUAUUCAUGACAUAUUGAUUGCAAGGUGGACAAAAGGCAAUAAUCCACUUCAUUGUUUGGCUCAUUCACUCAAUCCAAGAUAUUACAGCAAGAAGUGGCUUGAAGAAGGUGUUGGCCGAGUCCCACCCCACAAGGAUACUGAAGUAUCUCAAAUGAGGAUGACUUGCUUCAAGAAGUUCUUUCGCAUACCACAAGAAUUGGCUAAAGUGAAAGAAGAAUACUCAAGAUUUGGUCUUUGUGCACUCCAAUUUGAGGCAUAUGUCAAGAAGAAGAUAUGUCAAGAAGAAGUGAUGCAUAUAAGAAAGGAGAAACAACAAUGUGGGAUGUGGGAGGAGAUUCUUUUGAUUCUCUAG